AUGACUACAAUGGAGCUCACUCCUCCUCCUUCAAUCGUGAGAUCGCCUGCUUCUCCGACCCAUACGUAUUGCCCCUCUGAGAGGUCCUCGCUCGACUACCCUUCUCCCGGCUUAGUUGAUCAACAAUACAAGCUCUCCUCAAUCUAUGGGGACCAGUCUUGUGUCGUGAGUCCUCCGAUGGAGCCUGAUUCUUCUCUCCCUCCCCUCGACUCCAUGGCACAGCACGAGUGGAAUGCACUUCAUCCGACUUCUUCGGCAUCCGUGAUGCCUAGCAUCCUCUCGCCGGAGUAUGACUCCUUUGGAAGUUAUUCAUACUCGCAUGAUGCCUACCACCAAUCUCCAAACCAGCCUUCCGUGAUCCACGCACCAACCCCUCCGCCUACUAGCUCGGCCCCUAGGUCCCCUGUUGCUCCUCCGAGGACGACCAUGCCUGCAUACACAUCAGCAACUUCGAUUCCUCCCCUGACCCCUCGCAUCAAGAUGGAAGGAGGUCCCGAGUACAACCAGACCAUAGAAGCAGCUCAGUAUCCAUCGCCUCGAUCGGCUCAAACUCCGUCCUAUCCUUCCGAAAAUGGUCCCUACGCAGGUAGCAGCACCUCCGGAUACCUCUCUGAUGGAACAGCCAACACAGCUUCCUGGAGCAAGCCUGAAUAUCAGCCCCUCGAGACAGACCACUUAUACCCCCCUCCUCCUGUGCUCCAGCCUACCCCAUUCCUCCAGGAUGUCAAGCGGUUCCGGGUGCAACGGCCGCGCAGACAACAACGGCGUCUGACGACAAAGGAAGAAGCCAACUUCAUCUGCGAGUUCAAGGGCUGUGGCAAGAUGUUCAGCCGUAGUUACAACUACAAGGCACAUCUGGAAACCCAUGAUGAGAAGCGUGAAUAUCCAUUCCCUUGCCAGGUGCCCGAUUGCAACAAGCGGCACAUGGAGGAUGGAUGCUCAAAGCGCUUCGACAUUGGUACCCUCGACAUCCGGCCCGACGGUGCUGCCUCCUUCGAGAGCCUGCGGCCCCUGGGCCCUCCUCCCCCUCAUACCCCUCUGGGCCACAUGAUUCCGCCGCCGCAUACACCUGGCACUCUCCCUCCUAUUGGUAUCCCUCCUCCGCCUUUGCUCAGCUCCGUGCCCCCGGCAUUGCGGCCCCGCGAUCCCCAGACCACACUCUCUCACCUCACAGAGACACACUCGGGACACAGCUGGGGUCGGUGA